CCCCAUCUUCCUGAGGCUCAACAUACAGUUCAUCGCCGAUCCUGGACAGAGAAUGGACGGCUUUGGCCAGUACUGGACGAACAACAGAAGAAGACUUCUGCUGCUCUUCUUGAGGAUUCAGCAUUAGUGGAGGCAGCAUAAGAAGCAGCAGUUUACACAGAGAAGAAGAAGAAGAAGGAUUUGUACCUCUGGACGUUUAACUGGAAGAGGUGGAUCUUUCUUCAUAUUUGCUAUGAAGCAACUACAUUGUCAUGGAAAGGGAUUGGAUUAUUCAGAAAGGCGAAAGCAGCCAUAACAGGUGUCCUUCUAACAAGAACUGGACCAAAGAGUGAUAUCUUCUACACAAAGGUAUUUUUCCACUUGUCAUGCUGGUUGUAAAGCGACGAAUUAUAUUAUUUGCAUAGAGUCCGUCCUUGUGUAUCCAGUUUCACUGUGGUGUUGACACGUGUUUCUGCGACUUCUGGAUUUAGAGGACUUAGAGGUUGUGUUACUAGAUGUCUCAGUCACCUAAUCCAGCAGACUCCCAGGCCCUGCUGCAGUCCAUGCUGCAGAAACUGAAGCUGCAGUCGGAAAGAGAGGGCCAGGGGCACCGGCACACUCUUGGACCAGAAAACAGCAGCCCAGGUACUAAUGGCAUCCCUUCAAAUAAGGUCAGGAGCCCUGCUGCAGACAGCAACUUUAGCUUCAAAUUUGGUCAUCUACAGCAGCCCGGUCAUGGAGGCGGGGUGGACAGGGGUUUUAUUUCCUUCCCCUCCCAGAAAGACAACAGUGUUGGUGACACUGGUGAUAGCAGGGUUAUGGGACAGGCGACACAGCCUGCGAUCGCCCCAACAGUAACAGGGCAGCUGUUUCCUACCACAUCACUUAAAGAUGCUUCCUUUGAGAGGACUGAUAGUGAGAAGUGGAGUUUUGGCAAUUCUGCAAUGAAAAGAAGCAUGCCUCCUAACACAGAUGCUGCCCAAAGCAUGGGAGUGAAUGAGAACCAGGAGCAGGGCUUUAAACCUAAAGUCUACCUGUGGGCCGUGAAAAACACAGACCCUUUCGCAGGAGGUCAAGACAAUAAAGAGUUAAUUGUAGAAAAUGGAGGAUUUGGAGCGAUGGCAGAAAACAAAGAUACCCAGGUUGCCUCAGACAGUCAAAAAACAACAAACAGUAGCGUGAGGAGGAAACAGAGAUCAUCUGAGAAUAAAACCAGAAGGUGGACGCAGAGGCUCAAGGAGCGAUGGAAGGACAGACAAGGAAAAAAGGGAAAAGAAGAAGAAGGAAGCAUAGGAGACCAGAAGAGUGGGGAGGGACCUGAGAUUUCACACCCAAACCAGGUUACAGAAAGCCUCAUCAAUGCGUCAAAUAAGGAUGAAAGGACCCUCCGUUCACUGGACACCAGUGGAGCCAGUAAAAUGCUUCCUGCACGCACAGAGGACGCCACUAACGACAGCCACAUCAGACCUGCCAGUGACUUUGAAUUGGGCCUCGGGUCAUUCAGCCUGCUGGAAGAGAUCACUAAGGGCCAAGAGUGGGCUAAGUUCCUCAGUCCCAGCCUUUCAUCCUCAUCAGCAAAUCAGAGACCAUUAGAGGACCCAAUGAGCCAACCCCCAAACCAACUAAAUCCUCACAGUAGCACUCCGUCAAAUGGGAUUUUGAACCAACUUGGCAGUGGGGACAACCAGUGGAGCUUCAGGAGCACAGAGUCAUCACGGGCCACAGAUUUCAGCAUGGCGCAAACAUUGCCUAAUGCUUUCCCAGCUGCAAGUUCGGACAUUUCGGGUGGAAAACUACAUCUGACUGACCCUUCAGAAGCAAUGGAAGAUGGUCACAACUACCCACAUAUGCAGUCUGGAGCGAGCAGACUGGAACAGCAAAUAAGACCGCCAUCAUUUGUAGUGUCUACAAAAAAUCCACUUAACAAGGCGUUGAAGAGCCGAGUCGCCCUCAACAGAAAGAGACAGCAUCAGUCAGCUGACAGGAGAGACGACAGGCUUCAAGCCGACAAAAUAAGUGAUGGAGAGCAGACAAACAGAGAAGGGGAUAUGUCUUCACUGAAUCCUACGAGCAGCCAGAUGAUGGUUGAAACAGGAGAGUCAGAGCACGAGAACGUAAUACCCUUAUACACCCUAAACUCUCAUUCAGCCUCUCUCUCCCCAACUGCUUUUAAUCCUUUGGCUCGAGCGCCCCAUGGUGUCCUCAAAUACCCCGUAUCCCCAGAGUCGGAGUCCUCAAUGGAGACAGUGACUAAAAGGAGGAGAGUGGAGGAGAACCGCCGGGUUCGUUUUGCGGAGGAAGUGGUGGCCAUAGAAUCUCCAGACAUGGAUCUGGACGCUUCAGACUUGGAGGAUGACUCAGCAGCUACAGAUGAGGACUCGGUGACAGAGCAGGAGUGUGAAGUGCAUCCGGUAGCGGCAGGGGAGGAGGCACCGGCCCGGCGGACAGCCCUCCCUGCGUGGAUACUGGCUCUGAAGAGGAAGAACACAAACAAGAAGCGCAGAUAGUGACUGUAAAACUGUCAGCGUGCUGCGUUCAUUCUCACGGACUUUGCGUUCUAUAAAUUAAACGAAUAAACUUAAGGGGAUACAGUUUGUCUCAAGAGCAGGUUGCUCUGCUUUGAAAACAUUUUUUUUGAAUGUGACAGUAUUUCAAAAAGUCAUAUCUGACCAGUAGUAGGCCUGGUGUGGAUACGUAAUCUCUUUUUCCCUCAUUUAUUUUCUGAAAUGUUUUGAUUUUAAGAUGCAAUAAGGGAAAUAAAUACUAUAUUGGGAUAUACAUAUAUAUAUAUUUAUAUUUUCUGCAGUGCACACAGAAAGCUUUAUAAGUGGAUGUUUUUGUCUUUCUUUUUCUUAUUGUUCCUGCUUUAUUAAGCAAAGUUUGAGCAGAGGUUAAAGACUUUUCCAGUUGCACUAGUGAUCCAAACUGAGGACUAUGCUGCAGUAACCCAACAGCUGAAUGUGCUGAAAGCAUUUUGUUGAUUCAGAUGUUCCUCCUUGUGCUCCUUCAGCCUUACACAUGACAGCAAUCUGCUGUCUGCGUCACUCACUUACUGUACUCACCACCCCACCCCACACUCCAUAUCCUGUCUCAGGGUAAUGGCUCCCAGUCCAGCCAUCAUAGAGAAUAAUCCCAAAGGAGGAAAGAUGUCUGAGCUGGAGUGGUCAGUGGUUUCUGAUCAGCUGCUCCUCUCUAUUCAAUACCACCAUUUGAUUUUGUAGAGAUGGAGACAAGCACCUGAGCCUUGAGUUCACUUAUUCUAGUGAGAAAGCAUCGACUUUGUAUAAAAGAUGAAUGUAGCCACUAGUUUUUAAGCCUUAUUUAAACAGCACAGUCCCGUCCUAUUUAAACCCUGAGCCAGGGCUGGAGCUGACCGAGGAACCAAGGACACUGCACACUCAUAUGGUAACACACUGUCAAUCAAAAGGUAACUCCUCCAUAAAUCGAACCCCGCUUUUUCUACAUGUGAUCACUGUUUGUGAAAUGAACAUCAUUCUUUCUUGAAUAAGACUUAAAACUAGCAGCUGUGACCAUAAAAUCAUCAGGAGAAUGUGAGAAGUACGUUUGUUUUUCACAGGUUGGUAUUUAAACAGUUCGUUUUCACAGCCAGAAACUGCUUUUAUCUUUUAUAUACUGUGUAUACAGAGUGAAUCAUCGUCUCACAUGAACCUCUGUGAAUUUUUUUAACAGCUGAGGCCGUUUUAUUUCUUUUUAGAUGUAGCAACAUGAGAGGCUGUGCAGUAUUGAGACAAAAAAUAAAGCGUCAGAGCUUUAGUUAUCUGUCUUCUUUGGUAGGGUUAGACGAGAAUUUCAAUGCCACUUUAUUAUUUGUGCCUUUUAUUUCUUUUACAGAAUAAACAAAUAAAAUAAAUUUAUACAGU